GCCGAUGUCAGCUACCUGAUGGCGAUGGAGAAGAGCAAGGCGACGCCGGCCGCCCGCGCCAGCAAGAAGAUCGUCCUGCCCGAGCCCAGUAUCCGCAGUGUGAUGCAGAAGUACCUCGAGGAGAGGAAGGAAAUCACCUUCGACAAGAUUUUCCACCAGAAGAUUGGUUUCUUGCUAUUUAAAGAUUUUUGUCUGAAUGAAAUUAAUGAAGCCGUCCCGCAGGUGAAGUUUUAUGAAGAGAUAAAAGAAUAUGAAAAGCUUGACAAUGAUGAGGACCGGCUCUGUAGAAGUCGACAAAUCUAUGACACCUACAUCAUGAAGGAGCUCCUUUCUUGUUCCCAUGCCUUCUCACGACAAGCUGUAGAGCACGUGCAGAGCCACCUAGCCAAGAAACAAGUGCCGACCACACUUUUUCAGCCAUAUAUAGAAGAAAUCUGUGAAAGUCUUCGAGGCAACAUUUUUCAGAAAUUUCUGGAAAGUGACAAGUUCACUAGAUUUUGUCAGUGGAAAAACGUAGAACUAAAUAUUCAUUUGACCAUGAACGACUUCAGCGUGCACAGGAUUAUUGGACGAGGAGGAUUCGGUGAAGUGUACGGCUGCCGGAAGGCUGACACCGGGAAAAUGUAUGCCAUGAAAUGCUUAGACAAGAAGAGGAUCAAGAUGAAGCAAGGGGAAACCUUGGCCUUAAACGAGAGGAUCAUGCUGUCCCUUGUCAGUACCGGAGAUUGUCCUUUCAUCGUGUGCAUGACUUAUGCUUUCCACACGCCCGACAAGCUCUGCUUCAUCCUGGACCUCAUGAACGGCGGCGACUUGCACUACCACCUCUCACAGCAUGGUGUGUUCUCGGAGAAGGAGAUGCGCUUUUACGCCACCGAGAUCAUCUUGGGGCUGGAGCACAUGCACAACCGCUUCGUUGUGUACCGAGACUUGAAGCCCGCAAAUAUCCUCCUGGAUGAGCAUGGCCACGUGAGGAUCUCGGACCUCGGCCUGGCCUGCGAUUACUCCAAGAAGAAGCCUCACGCCAGCGUGGGCACCCACGGGUACAUGGCCCCCGAGGUGCUGCAGAAGGGGACGGCGUAUGACAGCAGCGCUGACUGGUUCUCGCUGGGCUGCAUGCUCUUCAAACUUCUGAGAGGCCACAGCCCUUUCCGGCAGCAUAAAACCAAAGAUAAACAUGAAAUAGACCGAAUGACCCUCACCGUGAAUGUGGAACUUCCGGAUACGUUCUCCCCUGAAUUAACGUCCCUUUUGGAAGGCUUGCUCCAGAGAGAUGUCAGCAGAAGACUCGGCUGCCACGGAGGCGGAGCACAGGAAGUAAAAGAGCACUGCUUUUUCCAAGGCGUUGACUGGCAGCAUGUCUACUUACAAAAGUACCCGCCACCCCUGAUCCCCCCACGAGGAGAAGUCAACGCCGCCGAUGCCUUCGAUAUUGGCUCGUUCGAUGAAGAGGACACGAAAGGCAUUAAGCUGCUGGACAGCGACCAGGAGCUCUACAGGAAUUUCCCCUUGGUCAUCUCUGAGCGCUGGCAGCAGGAAGUGGCCGAAACGGUGUAUGAAACAGUCAACGCGGACAUGGAUAAGGUCGAGGCCCGCAAGAGGGCCAAAAACAAGCAGCUUGGCCACGAAGAAGAUUAUGCACUGGGAAAGGACUGCAUCAUGCAUGGGUACAUGCUGAAACUGGGGAACCCGUUCCUGACUCAGUGGCAACGCCGAUAUUUCUACCUCUUCCCGAACAGGCUGGAGUGGAGAGGGGAGGGCGAGUCGCGGCAAAAUUUACUGACAAUGGAGCAGAUUGUUUUUGUGGAAGAAACGCAGAUUAAAGACAAGAAGUGCAUUUUGCUGAGGAUAAAAGGAGGGAAGCAGUUUGUCCUGCAAUGUGAGAGUGACCCCGAGUUUGUGCAGUGGAAAAAAGAGCUGACGGAGACCUUCACAGAGGCCCAGAGGCUGCUGCGUCGCGCCCCCAAGUUCCUCAACAAGCCCCGGGCGGCCGUGGUGGAGCUGUCCAAGCCCCCCCUGUGCCACAGAAACAGCAACGGCCUGUAG